AUGAAGUGCAGCAUUGCAGGAUUUGGAAGGGAGCGCUCCCUGGCGUGGCACAACUCACAGUACCUGAAACAGGCCAAGGUGAAUCUGAUCUCCCAGACUGACUGUCAAAAGGAAUCGUACUAUGGAGCUCUCAUCACUCCGAACAUGUUCUGCGCUGGGAGCCCUGACUGGAGCACUGAUGCCUGCAAGAAUGACUCUGGUGGUCCGCUGGUGUGUGAAGUGUCAGGUCGGAUGUUUCUGUUCGGGGUGGUGAGCUGGGGUGACGGCUGUGCCAAGAAGAACAAACCAGGCGUUUACACGCAGGUCACCAAAUACAACGACUGGAUUGCAGCAAAAACAGGGCUCUCCAAAUACACAAAAGGAUCAAUGUAUCCCCAAAAAUGACGCUGUGACAGAAAGUUACCUUUUUGGGCAUUUUAUUUCUUAAAGGAAAAUUUGGCCGCAAUUGUGUAGGCUCUGGGUGCAUGCAAGCAUGUAGAGGAGUAGCUGAAAUAGUUUUGCACAGUUAAGAUUUACUGUAAAAGUGCAAACUGAAUGUUUAUUUAAAAGUAUUUUAUUGCAUGUAAUUCUUUUCUUUGCACUUUGGUGCAAAAACUUUUCAUACCAGAUUAUGUUUUUUUAAACAAGCUAUUAGAAAGUUUAUUUAUUUUAUUUAAUAAGCAUUUCCUCUUAGAGGGCUGGCCCUGCCGUAGAGCUAUUUUUUAAAUAAUAAAUAAAAUAUUUGUAUUACA